AUGAGCGUAGACACGAUAUCGGAUGAUGCUGCUGCCGUAUUUUCAAGAUUACAACUAGCUAGAGCAUUGAAGGAGGAUCCAGAAAACAUCUAUAGUGCGGAAGAAAGUGCCAUCUUUCAGAGGCAACGGAACACCUUUGCUUUACAACAACCAACGAAUGAAUUUCACCUGCCGCGUCCAUUGAGUUUGUUAAUUCCUCCAAUUUUAAAUGAUGACGAAGAAGACAAAUCUUCUCAGCCGAACACGCCAAUCCAAACAAAACAUUCUUCGCAACAGGUCUCUCAACAAGUUAGGCGUCAAAGUCAGGCCUUUACUUCAAGUCCGAGGACUAGUGUCAUAAUACCUGAAGAAAGACGUGGUAGCGGUAGUAAAACCUUACUGGACGUGAGACAAUCAAUGUUGGAAAAUAGGCAUAUCAUACAUAAUGCUAAUCCUUUUUCCACCUCAUCAAGUCAUAGAACUUCCAUGAUACUUCAACAAAACAAAACCCUUCCUGAUGCUAUUGGAAAAUUGAAACCUGGAAAUGUCACUAAUUCUCGACCGAAUUCAUUACUUGUAUCAUCACCUCGUCCAACUUCAACUUAUACCAUUAAUGCCGCAAAUUCCCGACCAACUUCGUUUUAUAAACAGAAUAAAUCAUUCAUCCCUCAAGAUUCUGAAGAGAAUGAUGAGGAAAGUGAACCUUCCGUCAAUUCUCCUAAACCCAAAUCACAGAAAUCAAGUAAGAUUAAAAAGUCGAGUUCAUCAUCAUCGGAUGGUUCGGAUUCUCCUCCAACAUUACCUCCGAUUAAGAGCAUUUCCAAUGAUACUCCACUUGCCUUAAAAUCUACUCCCAAAAUUAAAGUAGCCCCUCCUCCUCGAAUUACAACGAUGAGGAAAAAUAGUAACGGAAGGAUUGAAGCAUGGCUUGAACAUGUGUCGGGUUCUCCUGAAGGUUCACCAAAUCAGUCUCCAACACGUUCUCAUUCUCCACGUGUGAGAACUUCGCACAAUAUGAAUCAACACAAUUCACGUCCACUUGUGGCGAGUAAAAGAACGUCUCUUGUAGUUGAACCUGUUCACCAAGCACAAAGUCGUCGUCGCCCUAUAUCGGCUUUUGUUCCCGGCGAUAAACACUUACCUCAACCUGAUAUUCAUCAACCAAGAAAGAGAGCUAAUAGCGAAUUUGUACCGAGAAAACGAACGGAUUCGAUGUUAAUUGAACCUCCAAUCCCACAUGGACGUGUUUCUCCAAAUCCUCGUCAGGACUCUGGUUAUUGGGCAAAAGAUACUUUAUUAGCUUUAUCUGAAGAUUUCCGUCAUGUAAAUUUGAUGAAUGAUAUGAGUGCACCAUCAACGAAGAGUAAGAAUUCUAACAUUAGUAACGGUAGCAGCAAUAAAUCAACCAAUCGGCACAGACGUAAUGGAAGCGGAAACAUUAAUAAACCUAGUUCUCCAAAAUUACAAAUUCCAGUCGGUGGCCAUGGUUCACACACAAAUAAUAAUAUGAAUAAACGGCUUUCUUCUGAACUCUUAAUCCCUUCAAACAGGAAUUCUAUUUUAUAUCAACAAAAAAAUCGUAUUAGAUCUUAA